AUGUAUAUGGAAAAGUAUACACAUCAAAUAAAAAUAAAAAUGAAUUCUUCAAAAAAAAAAAAUAGUAACGAAAAUUAUAUGAAAAAUGCAUCUGAUGAGCAUUAUUUGUUACAAAAAAGUUUUGAAACUGAUUUAAAUAAAAAACAUUUUAAUUUUAAAAAAAAAUAUGAUACCUUAGAAAACGAAAGUGAAGAAAAAAAAGAAAAUGUAAGAAGUGAAGUUAAUCAUAUUAAAUAUAUAAGCGAUACAUAUUUGAUUAAAAAAAAAAAAAUAAUUAAUAAUUUGGAUAAUGAAAUUUUUUCUAUGGAUGAAAAUUUUAUUAUGAAUUUGGAUAACUCUAAUAAAAAUGCUAGAAAUAAUUUUAAUGUUAUAAAAAAAAGAAAUAUGAAAAAAGGUAUUACCUUUAUUCAAAAAGAAAAAACAUAUGAUUUUUCUUAUGAUGAAAGAACAUCCAAUGAGUAUUAUAAUAAAAUAGAGAAAAAAAAAAAAAUAAAAAAAUCUAAAAUUUUGAGUAAUAGCGAUAGUAAUAAUAAAAUAUAUGAAAGUAAAAAUUCUUUAAGGGUAAAUAUGGAUGAAAAAAUGUAUAAAAGGAAAUUAAAAACGCAUAAAAGCAAUGAUAUCAUUAUAGAAAAUAAAGAAAAUAAUACGUCAAAAAAUAAAUGUGUUGCUUAUUGUAAAGAUAAUAAAUAUUUAUCAAAUGAAGAAGAUGAAAAUUAUAAAUGGAAAAGAGUAUUUUUUAUAAAUAAAUAUAUUUUUGAAAGAAAAGAAAUAAACAAAAUAAAUAAUAAUAAAAUUCAAGAAACCAUUUCAUAUUAUAAUCCAGAUAAAUUAUGUUUAGUUAAAUUUUUGUGUCAGGCAAAAAGUUACGAUUUAAUAAAAAUAAGCAAAAUAUUUUUUUCUAAAAAAAUUAGAUAUACCUUUUUUGAUGAAAAUAAUGUACUGUGUGUAUUUUUAACUCCAGAAAGUUGUAUCAAAAAUUUUUAUAGCUCAGAAGAUAUAUAUAAAAUUGAUAAUUUAGAUUUGAAAAAGAAUGUAACUUAUCCUCAUACAAAAUUUAUAUUCUUUAUAUUUAAAAAUGGUUCUGUUGUGAUAUGGGAGAAUUUUAAAAAUUAUCAAAAUAGUGACUAUUUUAUAAAUAAAGUUAUUAUAUUUUUAAAUUCAUUUUCUGAUGAAUUGCUACCAGUAUAUGUAGUUCAGAUGGAUACUAUAUUUUAUUCUGAAGAAGAAAAACGAGAAGAAAAUGAAAAUGAAAAAGAAGAAGAAACGAAAAAAAAAAAUUCUUUUGUAAAUAAUGGAAUAAUAUAUUUAACAAAUGAUUCAUUAGAGCAAAAAUUAACAGCAUCAUUUGCUUUAUCUCAAUCUAUUAGAUUAGAUGUACAUGAAAUGAUGAUGGAUAUUGCAAUUAACACUUUAUUUAAUAUAUCAAAAGAAAUAGCUACAAAUGGAACUUGCACUAUUUCAAAAAAAAAAAUAUCAAGUAUGUUAGAUAUCUACUCUAGUAUUAUUAAUGUUAAUGCAGUUCAGGACUUUUUAGAUAUUCCUGAAUAUUUCUGGAAUAAAGUUCAAUAUGAACACUUAUGGUAUGAGAUAUAUAAGUACAUGGAGAUACCUGAGAGAAUAAAAAUAUUAAACAAAAGAUACAAUUAUUAUAAAGAUUUUUUAAAAGUUAUUAAAACAGAAAUAUAUAAUAAAAAAACAUUUUAUUGUUAUAGAAUUGUUGUGUUAUUAUUAUUUAUACAUAUAUUAGCAUUAAUUUUAAACGAUCUAUUUUUUUUGAAAUGA